UGCAUAAAGGCAGAGGACAGUGCGCGCCCCUGGAUGCGAGCAGCUCAAGUCGCAGCAGCCACUCCACUCCAUGUUUUGCCCUGCCCUUGUGCGCUCUGCUCGCCGUGCAGCGUGUCUCCGUUGCAUUUUGCUUUCCUCACACCGACACGAGCACAGGGCUGCUGUGUGUGCGGGAGAAGUUGUUUGCACAGAGAGCACCAGGUAGCAACUGUCUUCUUCAAACGGGUUAGUCCAAGCUGGGAGCAAUCGGACUCGUCAGGGUCUUUUUCUUUUUCGAGGUGGAAGAGACGAAGCUUUUGCAAUGAGGUGGACGUGCCAGUAUCUAAAGUGAGGAGUGAUUUUCCUUUUUUCCUUUUUGUUUUAAUGAACAUCUGACACCCUGCUCACUGGAGACAUUUUUUAAUCAGCUCUUUCGGGAUUUUUUUUUGUUCUUUUUCCGACGGAGCUCGUAUUUCCCUGUGAAACAUUAUCAAGGAUUUCACUGAUGUAUGCGAUGUGGAGACUGCAAGUCGCCUUAUGUACUCUGUCGGUGCUGUCCCUGUCAUCUGCUGGUGAAAGCAAAGCGCGGAGCUGCAGCGAGACGAGGCAAGCUUAUAACGCUAAAGGAUUCAGCCUCGUCAAUGUGCCUCAUCAGGAAAUAUCAGGUGAGCACCUGCGUGUCUGUCCUCAGGGAUACACCUGCUGCACAUCGGAGAUGGAGGACAAACUCAACCAGCAGAGCAAACUGGAGUUUGAGAAGUUGGUCGAGGAGAGCAGCCACAAUAUGAGGACGACAUUUGUCUCAAGGCAUAAAAAGUUUGAUGAGUUUUUCUUGGAGCUGCUGGACAAUUCUGAGAAGUCUCUCAACAGUAUGUUCACACAGACGUACGGGAAGCUGUAUAUGCAGAACUCGGAGGUGUUCCAGGACCUGUUCACUGAGCUGAAGCGCUACUACACAGGGGGCAACGUCAACCUGGAGGAGAUGCUUAAUGACUUCUGGUCCAGGCUGCUGGAACGCAUGUUCCAGUUACUCAACUCCCAGUACCACUUCACAGACGACUACCUAGAGUGCGUCAGUAAAUACACAGAUCUGCUAAAGCCCUUUGGAGAUGUGCCCAGGAAACUGAAGGCCCAGGUCACCAGGGCCUUCAUCGCUGCCCGGACGUUUGUCCAGGGGCUAAUGGUGGGUCGGGAGGUCGCCAACAGGGUUGCCAAGGUGAAUGUAGUACCAGCAUGUGUCAAAGCCUUGACCAAGAUGCUGUACUGUCCAUACUGUCGCGGCAUGCCUGGGCUGAAACCCUGUCACAACUACUGUCACAACGUUAUGAGAGGCUGUCUCGCGAACCAGGCAGACCUAGAUGCUGAAUGGAACCUCUACAUCGAUGCUAUGUUACUGGUGGCAGCCAGACUGGAGGGACCCUUCAACAUUGAAGCCGUUAUAGAGCCAGUUGACAUCAAGAUCUCUGAGGCCAUCAUGACCAUGCAGAGCAACAGCGUGCACGUGUCAGCCAAGGUUUUUCAAGGGUGUGGCCAGCCAACGCCAUCAGGAAUAGGCAGGUCUGCGCGUGGCAUCUCAGAUGUGUUCAGUGCUCGCUUCAGACCCUACACCCCUGAAGAGAGGCCAACUACCGCAGCUGGAACAAGCCUGGAAAGACUGGUGAUUGACAUCAAAGAGAAGUUGAGGGAGUCCAAGAAGUUCUGGUCCAACCUGCCAGAUGACAUCUGUGCCAAGGGCAAGCUCACAGAGUCUGACGAGGAUCAGUGCUGGAACAGCCACACAAAGGGCAGAUAUUUCCCUGAGGUGGUGAAGGAGGGUCUAACCAACCAAGUGAACAACCCAGAGGUGGAUGUGGAUAUCACCAGGCCUGACACACUGAUACGACAGCAGAUCAUGGCUCUACGUGUCAUGACCAACAAGCUAAAGAACGCCUACAAUGGAAAUGACAUCUACUUCCAGGACUCAAGUGAUGAGGGCAGUAGUUCUGGUAGUGGCAGCGGCUGCUCUGAUGGCUGCACAACAGAGUUUGUUUUUGUUGGAACAGAGGCUCCUGUGAUCGGAGCCGACAGAAGCAAUGAACGUGCAGCAGCAGCAGCCGCGGGCAAGUCAUUUUCCCGCGGACCCUCCCUACUGCUGGUGUUGGCCGCCCUCGCACUCCCACUCUGGGCAAUGCAGACUCGAUGGAGAUAAUACACGAGUGUGGCCUGAUCACUGAUUUUUAUACUGUUACGUACAGUACAGUGUGUGUAACAGCAAGUUCUACUGCUGUUCCCUCACUGGACACUGGAAACCUGUGGAGAAUGGCUUACUGUGUUGUAUGGUAGGACUGGAAGUGAGUGCAGUGCUGCAUCCUGCUCGUCCCCCAAAGAAUGCUCGGUGCCAUCACUGAACCAGCUUUCUCUGAAAAAAAAACAACGUGGUGUUUUCUCAUUAUUCUAAAGUGGGUUUUAAAAAAACUAGUGAAAACUAUCUGAUCAGAUUUUUCAGAUAAAAGGGAAUUUAUUUUUAUUUUCCUUUGUAUGAUGAAGUUGUGAAAACGAGACAACACCCAUUUUGUCUUAUUAGCCUUUUCCCCCUCAGAUAAAAGGAGAAAGUCUUACUGUGUGCAUGCAUGGAAAUGAUGUUAAAUGACAAAAACAUGUUUUAGUUUUUUUUAUGCAGGCUACACAGUUUUGGAUUGGUUGGUACAGGAUUGUACAGUGCUAGCAGUUCACCUGGUUUCCCGUUUGGUCAUAUCAGUAUGGCUUCAGGAAGUACAGCCACUUUAUUGUUGCACAUUUGAUUUUCUCUAAGAAAGUGCUAAUGUACUGCACUGCUUUGCACAGAUUAUUUUUGUCGGCUUCAUACGUUUAUAACGCUACAGGAAACUUCCACCCCAUAGAGGCAGAAGAUCUAUAUUUUCAGAUCAUUUAACUGAUUGUAUUGUACUUAUAACUGGUUGCAGUAUGUAUUUCACUGGAAGGUACUGUCAUGUUAUCUUACUGGUUUAGUUAAUGGCUACAUUUUUUAUAAAUGUUUUUGUUUUUACAAAAUAUUUGAUCACCUCUAAAAAUUAAAAAAACGGGAGUUUUUCGCAACAACACUAAGCCAUUAUACUACAAUUGCCUGCUAACUAUAUUUAGUUACCUGAUUUACUUUCUUCCUUUUGGGUACUUAACAUGCACUUAAACAUUUCAGAUUUCUCAGAGUAUAUUAGUGAUAUUAGGUAUAUGUUAAUGACAUUUUUUAUGUAUUUUCUUUGCUCCCAUGCUUUAAUUAUUUAUGAUUUAUGUUGAAUGUUUGUAUUACUUGUUUAUAUUACAUGUAUGGAAGGUUAUACAUUACCCUACACCUGUAAGCUCAGCCCACUGACAGGCUCUGCAGGUUCACCCAUUCACAUCUUAUGGAGCACUAUGCUGAAAUUUGUGUUCUUGGCCAAUCAUGACGGACCCACCACCCCUACAGGCUAAAGGUUAUACAAGUGCCCAUGCUUUCCUAAAAGACAUGUAAAAAUCAUCUGAUUUCCUAGGCACAAAUUACAGAUGUGGAUGAAAUGCAGUGUUUCUGUGGUCCCCUCAAAGGAGCAAAUGACAAAAGUAGACUGAUAUCCACAUUUGCCAAAGUUUGCAGCAACAUGGUUGUCUUCACAGACAGCAACUUAAGCAAGAUCUCCCCUCAGUGGGCUCAUAUGACUCACACAAGAGACCCCAAUCACCACAGGAAGCUUCCACUGCAGAACAGAUGGGAAAACAUUUGACCUUUGAUGCCUCACUACCUGCAAAAACUGCUUCAGGAGAAGGUGACUAAACAGCAGCCUCCCACUAAAACCAGCAUGAUACAAUUAAAUCACUGGUGCAUACAUUUUAAUUGUGAAAGGCGACAUGCCUCUAUCCAAUCAAAGCCUGAGGAAAGACAACACUAAACUGAUCAACAUAAGGUCCUCUAUAAUGUUUGUACUGUGCAUUAAAAAACCUGAGUGGAAAUGCAGAAAAGACCAAAAUUAAAAACGUUAAAUAUUGCAAAAAAGUGUUUACUCUGGGCUGACUGAGAGAGCCUGUUAAAAGGUCAAAGUCUAUAUGAGACAAAAGCAGGGGUGCAAUGGAAACUAAACACACAUACAGUAAACGCAGUUUACCAACCUCACAAAAUCUGAAAUAGUGUUUACACAAAAGUGACAUGGGUUACACUCUACCACACUUUUGUGUUGGAUAUUUUGGAUAUCUCACGUCUCCUCUGCCGGAUCAUAUUUACAUGAGCACAGAAAGCCCACCACCCACCUUUGUUAGGCAGAGGUGAAAGCAAACCGAUCCCCAUCUCAACUUAGUGGGGCAGACAGAUGAGAGGUAGUUAGACAGGAUGGACAUCCAGCAGUAACUAUUUAUAAUGUGCUGAAUAUUGAAUGAAGGAACUCGCUGCCAGACCUGAUGUGCAGCAACAGGAUUUACCCACCCAGGAGUGCAGUCUGGAAAGCAGAUAAUUGCAAUGAAGGAACGUCCAUGUAAAAAUCAUGUUUUGUUAAAUUGGGCCGUUUAAGCUCAGACUGAUAAUUCAAUUUCGGCUUCAGGCAUCUUCACUUGAUUUUUCGAAUUGAACACAAAUAGAUGUUUUGUCAGCACUUUUAUUUUGAUGUUAAGUGUCAUAUUGUUCCCUAAAACUAGAUUAAAUCAAGCAGUAACAGAGUUGCAUUCCGAUGACCUUUUCCUUUGUUGAUUUUACAAUUGAUUAAAUAACUAUACAGUAAAAGUGCAAGUUAGUGGGUUGUAUAUCGCUGCAGUCAAACACAGCCAUAUAAAUUCACUUUUCAAGUAUUAAAUAACAUUGCGGAGGCAGAUAUUUCUGAGUCAGGUCAGAAGUGAGCUAUGAACUUAUGAAGACUAAGUUUUUGAAAGUGUGAAAACUCAGCAAGCAUCUGCAGCCAGACAAAGGUUGAAUGCACCAGUAUCUGUGAUUGCAACAACAAGAGAUUUUGUAUGAGUUAGGAUGAGGCAGGUCUUCGGGUCAUGUUCCUGAAAUACAGUAAA